AUGGCAAGAACACCUUCUUGUGACAAAAGUGGAAUGAGGAAAGGUACUUGGACUGCUGAGGAAGAUAGGAAACUAAUUGCUUAUGUAACUAGAUAUGGUUGCUGGAAUUGGCGCCAACUCCCUAAGUUUGCAGGUCUUUCCAGAUGUGGAAAGAGUUGUAGAUUGAGGUGGUUGAAUUAUUUAAGGCCUAAUAUCAAAAGAGGGAACUUCACUCAACAAGAAGAGGAAUUGAUUAUCAGAAUGCAUAAAAAUCUGGGUAACAGAUGGUCAGUCAUUGCGGCUGAGUUACCUGGAAGAACAGAUAAUGAAGUGAAGAACCAUUGGCAUACUUCACUUAAGAAGAGAGUUCAACAGAAGAACGCUAUCUCACAUGAAGAAACCAGACUCACCAAAUCUUCAAUUAGUUCCCAAAUCUCAGACAUCACUGGCCCAUUAUCUCCAUUUUCAUCAUCUAGUGAAUUCUCUUCCACAGCUGAAGAUGAUUUUGGUUUUCUAGAUGCAUUUGUAGAAUCUAUGGAUGAAUGUUUUUGGCUUGAUGACCCUUCCUACACACCAAGUGGAAUAGUGCAAAACAAUAUUCAUGAUACAACCACCUCUAAUGAUGCUUUCUUAGUGUCUCAUAAUCAUAUGUCCUAUGAAAGCUUUGUUAUUGAUAAUGACUUUAGCAGCUUUCUAGAUGCGUACACAGAAUCUACAGUUGAUAGCUUUUGGACUAACCCAUACGAGGGUGACGUGACAUGCGUUCUAUAG